CUCGCACGAUCUCUUGCAGCGAACCUGAAUUCCGUGGCGGCCCUGCAGGUCAACUUCUUCCUCGCCGCCUACGGACUCAUCAACUUCUCCGCCUUCCAGUCGAGCUUCAUCAGGCUCCCCGGCUGGCGUCCCUCCUUCACGUUCUAUAACCAGUGGCUGAGCCUCGUGGGGACGGGGAUAUGCGCGGCCGUCAUGUUCCUCAUCCAAUGGGGCGUCGCCCUCGCCACGUUCGCCGUCACGCUCAUCCUCUACCUCUACGUGUCCUACAGGCGGCCGGAUGCGAACUGGGGCUCGAUCACCCAAGCGGCCGUGAGCGUGAACGCGUUGAGAUACGUCCAAGGCAUGAACAAGGUGGAAGACCACGUGAAGACCUACCGGCCGCAGGUCCUGGUCCUGGCCGGCCACCCCGGCACUCGACCCGCCCUCAUGGACUUCGCCCAUCUCAUGACGAAGUCUUCGGCCCUGCUGGUCGCGGGGCACGUCGUCCGGGAUCCGCUCAGGUUCAAUCACAGGAUGCUCUUCAUGCAGAGAGGUUACGACUGGAUGCGUCGUCACCGCAUCAAGGGGUUUUACGACCUGGUCGAGAACGAGCGCUUCGACCUGGGUGCCAGGGCGUUGAUGCAUCUGUCCGGGCUGGGGAAA